UCAGCGCGCUCACAUGGCAUCUAGCUUGUGUUUAUACUGAACAGGAUUUCUCUACUGACCGAACGACAUGCUUUCUUGCACAUCGUUUGUUCCAGUUUAAUGAAGAUCGUGUGUUUUCCGGAGCUGUGAGUCUUCUGCUGAUCCAGAAGAAUAUCUGGACGUGUUGGAGUUACAGAAGAGCUGAGUGUUUGCAAUGGCUCUGUUCAUGAUUAACAGAUAUCUUGGGGAGGAGGAAGAGGAAAGUAAGUCAAAUGGAGAGUCUAGGUCCAAAGCUUUGCUCAGCAAGCUCCAGGAACGUGCCAAGACGAGAGAACAACAGAGUCUUGCAAAUAAGAAGCGGUCAGACGUCCAGGAUACGAAGACAGGUGAAGAGGAUGGUGUAGGAAAGACGAAAAGAAAACAUGAGAAGCAAGAAAACGAAAAAAAGCAACUGAAGAAAAAGAAGAAGGAAAGCAAUAGCGAGCAGGACGACGUUGAUGAAACGCCUGUGGAAGCCACGGAUCUGGGUACGAGUGAGCAGUCGAGAAAGAAAAAGAAGAAAAAAGACAAACAGGGGAGUGGAAAUCAAGAGGAGAAGCAACACACAGAUGUGGUUUGUGAAGGAGUAGACGAGCCUGAAAGCCAAAAAUCUGCGAGUGAGCCGUCAAACACCAGCUCCAGCUUUCAGAUCCUCGGUGGAUUUGAGAACAAGCCGGUUCAAAAGGUCCAGCGGGUGCUGCCUAAGUGGCUGGCUGAGCCGGACAUGAUCGAGAGAGACAUUAAGAGCAACCUGAUCCCUCUUUGUGAUGUGCCUGGAAUUUGUCCUUCGCUACAGAAGAAACUGGAGGCAAAUGGGAUCCAGACCUUCUUCCCAGUUCAAGCCGAGGUGAUCCCCGCUGUCCUGGAGAGUGUGAAUUCGGGGCUUCUGAUUGGUCGAGGAGGUUACAGGCCCAGAGACAUCUGUGUGUCUGCGCCUACAGGAAGCGGAAAGACGCUGGCGUUUGUUAUACCUGUCAUACAGGCGCUGAUGACGCGAGUGGUGUGUGAAGUCCGUGCUCUGGCGGUGUUGCCCACCAAAGAGCUGGCGCAGCAGGUGUAUAAAGUUUUCUGCACUUAUGCUGAAGGAACGGGACUGAAAGUUGUAAUGGCUGCCGGGCAGAAACCUUUCGCUGUAGAGCAGUCCACUCUUUUAGAAGUCAGGAGGGGUGUCAGUCGGAGUUUGUCAGAUAUCGUCAUAGCAACACCAGGUCGCCUGGUGGAUCACAUCAACAAAACCGAAGGAUUCAGUCUUGAGCAUCUUCGUUUUCUGAUCAUAGACGAGGCCGACCGAAUGAUCGACAGUAUGCAGCAGGCUUGGCUCAAUCAGGUGACCAAGGCUGUCUAUAAAAAUGGCUCAGGAGCAUCCAUUUUUACGAGGACGGAGCCUGGGCCGAUUACAGUGGCGAGUCUGUCUCCGCCGCAGAUGCCGCUGCAGAAGCUGCUUUUCUCGGCCACUCUGACGCAAAACCCAGAGAAACUGCAGCAGAUGGGCCUCCACCAGCCUCGUCUCUUCAGCUCCACACACACCUCAACAACAAGUGAAGAGAAAUUCAACUUCCCUCAGGGCCUGACUGAGUACUACGUCUGCUGCACGCUGAGCAAGAAGCCGCUUCUUAUUCUGCACUUCCUGCUGCGCUUGAAGUUCAAUCCUGUUCUGUGCUUCACGAACUCCAGAGAAGCAGCACACAGGCUCCUUUUACUGGUGAAGCUUUACGGUGGUGUCGACGUUGCGGAAUUCUCCUCCAGACUCAAUCCUAGCGAGAGACAGAAGACACUCAAGAAUUUUGAACAGGGGAAAAUUCAGCUGUUGAUCAGCACCGACGCUGCGGCCAGAGGAAUCGAUAUUAAAGGAGUUAAAUGCGUAAUUAAUUACGAUGCUCCUCAGUACAUCAGGACGUACAUCCACAGGGUGGGGAGAACGGCAAGAGCUGGGAAAGCCGGUGUGGCCUUCACCUUUGUCUUAGGAGUGCAGGAGGAAAAAUUUGUGAAGAUGGUCCAGGAGGCAGGCAGUCCGGGUCUACAGAAGCAGACCGUUAAUCCGGAAAGCCUCAGCGGCAUGGAGAGCCGAUAUGAAGACGUUUUGAUCGAGCUGGGUAGAGUUAUAAAGGCGGAAAAGGCCCAGAAACAUUUCUGAGUAGAUGGCUGCAAGAGUCCAUAAACGUCCAUGAACUAUUUGUCUCUCAUUGUACCCUUGUUCCUGUACAGAAUUUAAAAAAUUUUUAAUAAAAAAAAAGGUUUAACACUGAAAAAA